AUGUAAAGCAGCCAAUUUUCAGAAGAAAUCUAAGAAGAGUAUAUCAUCUAGCUAAAUCAAUAUAAAAUCAGACUCUCUUCUUCCCUCGAUAUGCUCUCUAUAACUUUGAAUAGCCAAACUCCUGAUUAACUGGAAAGUUUAGCUGAGUAAUAUCAAAGCAUAGCAUAACUAAGUUAAAAUGUGUGCAACCUAUUUUCAUCAAUGUAGCUUAUCGAGAGGCUUUUAGACUUUAAUAAUCAGUACAAAGAUUUCAAGAAUAUCAGCGAAAAGUAUGAGCAAUUGAGAAUUGAAUAUGAAGAAUGUAAGCUACAAAAUGAUGUAAUUGAAACUCAUUUUCAAGAAAGUUUUGUUUCUGAGGAGGAAUUAGACAAUAUGUCUCAAAAUUUCUCAAACUACCAAAGAAUGAACAGACAGAGCUUCCUUUUAGAUAGGACGACUAUUUAAUAAAAUAAUAUCAAUAAUCCAAGAAUGUCAAUGCAUAUUCAAUCAAGAACAAGAGAAUUUUUCUUCAAAAAUGGUGAAGAGAGAAGCAGUCAAUCAAGUUCGGUCAAUUAAACUUAGCAUUAAGAAUUGAUUCUAAGAAAUUAAAAGCUUGAUGAAGAAAUUAAAUCCUAUAAUUAGCAGCUUAAAUUAAAUUCAAAAGAACUAGAAAUUAUCAAGAAGCAUAAUCAGAGAUACCAGGAUAUUGCUGAGAAGUACUAAUCAGAAAACAAAUAAUUGGAGGAUCAAAUAAUUAGAUUAAAAAAGGAAGUUGAAAAUUUAAAUAAAACUGCUAAAGACCAUAAGUUAUUGAUUGAUAAUCUUUAAAAUUCAAAUGAAAGUCUCAACACUCAAAAGUUUAAGUACCUUAACACAAUUUAAAAGAGUUUUUCUGAAAUCAAGGAACUUAAAUCAAAUUUAGCAUUCUUGAAUGAUGAGAAAAUCAGACUUAGUUUGGAAAAGAAAAGCUUAAAGAUUUAUAUUGAAGAACUGACAAAGAAUUUCGAAGAUAUUAAUCAAGCAAUCCUGUAGAUAGGGUCUAAUUAAAUGUGUAGCAAUUUCGAAUUUGAACAUCAAAGCAGUAAUGAAUCUUCAUAAAAGGAAAAUAACCCAAACCUGACUAAUAUAGAUAAACAAGGAUAUUUGUCAGCAAAUAAUACCCCAUAGAUCAAGAACAUCAGAGACAAAAUUUGUUAGACAAUCAGUAAGUAUAGGCUACUAGAGGGGACAAAAUCAGCACUUAAAAUUCCAUAGAACCAUCAAGACAAAGAUCUAAUUUAACAAAAUUUUGAGCAGUGUGAUAUAGCUCUACGUCGAAGUCACUCUGAAUUAUUCUCUGAUGAAAAGAAUGAUUUUAACCAUUAGUCAUAUUAGAAUGAAAUCAGUUAGCUUAAAUAAAUAAAGAAAGCAAGAAGAGAAUCAUUCCUUCAAGUAGUAAAAGACAAGAAGGUUAGCAUUAAAAACUAACUGGUAAAUUAAUAGAAGAUUCUAUAUAAGUAACAGAGAAAUAUGGUAAAAAACAACUUCAAAUCUUAAGCAUCUGUUAAAAAAGGUUAGUUCCAAGUUAUCGAUCAGCAAUUACCUGCAGCGUUAAAUCGUAGGGAGUCUAUACACAAAAAAUUUGACUUUGAUCUAAAAGUAGAAUUGCUGAGUUAGCAGUCUAACAAAAAAGGUACUGUGCAGAUAAGUAAUGAGCCAGAAUAGAGUAAUUAAAUUCUCUUGUCAAAUCUUUCAUAACCCCUCUUUUCAGAUAAUUAGCCAUAAUAAAAAAGACAUUCAAUGUUGCACAAAAGAACAUAAAACAACAUUUACGAUGUUUUAAAGAUAUAAUACGAAGAUGAAUUAUCUAGUAUGUAAGAUUUAUCUGAAAUAUAGAGGACUCCACCGCUUAAUGAACUUAAUCAAGAUGAUUUUAACUAUAAAUUUGAAGACGUAAAUAUCUCAGCAAGAUAAUCAAUUAGAAAAAGUAUAUAUAGCUAAGAUUCCUAAGGUUUGAGUUCCUAUCAGGCAAAUCAUAUGUAGUCUUAGAAGGAUUUUAAUGAAGCCUUUGAUGUUAAUUAUAUAUCUAGCAAGCAAUAUUGCUACCCUAAAACUGUUAAUGAAAUCGCAAUUUAAACUUAAACCUAUUCAAGUUCAAUUGGCACGUAAACUAUGAAAACAGAAUAAAAAAGAUCUCGCAAAAAUACUUUCUAAAUGGAAGAAGAUUUUACUGAUUAAUCAAUGCGAAUGGAUCUAAUUACUUCAAUAGAUGAUAUUCUUUUCUCAACUUCUUAAAAUUAAAAUCAGCACUCUUAUCAUAACCUAGGAAACUUAAAUAACAGAAAUAUAACCAUACUAUCAUAAGAUACAUCUAUACUGUCCAAUAACUACUAAACUCAAAAUAGAGGCUCUAGUUAGCAAGUCAUAAUGGCUGACUAGCAACUUAAUGGGAGCAAUUAGAAUAACAUUCCUUCAAUUAUUUAAUAGCAGUCCAGAAUGAAAAAGAGAUUUAGGAAUCAUAGUAUGUUAAAUAAGGAUAGUAAUUUUGAAAUUGAAAGAGAUAACAUUCCAUUGCAAAAGGUAUGCAGACCUGAUUGCAAAAUAUUUUGA